CACCCUCAAGAUUUUCUCCAGAUAUCUGAUUUUGGGUGUGUGUUUCUGAUUCUGAUUUCUAUUUUCUCGGUUUUAUGUUUUCUGAACAGAGAAACUUGAUUGGGUAAAUCAGGAAGGAGAAUCUUGCGGUAAACAAACAUGGCGGACAACUACAGUAACAUCGAUAAUAGUGACGAUAAUAAGGACAAGGGCAAUAGAGAGCCGUUGCUGAAGAAACAUUACUAUGAGAACUGUCCUGGGUGCAAGGUGGAUCGAGCCAAAGAAAUGACCCAAAGCGUACCUAUAAAGCUUCUUCUCAACAUAUGGUUGAUAACAUUGUGCAGCUCGCUGCCUAUAUCAUCUCUCUUUCCGUUCCUUUAUUUCAUGGUUAGAGAUUUUGGUAUUGCAAAAACAGAGGCAGAUAUAAGUUCCUAUGCUGGUUAUGUGGGAUCUGCAUUCAUGUUUGGCAGAGGAUUGACAUCUGUACCAUGGGGAAUGGUUGCUGAUCGAUAUGGUAGAAAACCUGUUGCAAUUUUGGGAAUUAUUGCAGUCAUUGUGUUCAACACCCUAUUCGGCCUUAGCUCAAGUUUUUGGAUGGCUGUUACCACAAGAUUUCUUCUUGGGGCCUUAAAUGGAUUGAUUGGACCGAUGAAGGCUUAUACUGUCGAAAUUGUUCGGGAAGAAUACCAUGCGAUAGGACUCUCAACUGUCAGUGCAGCUUGGGGCAUUGGUUUAGUUGUUGGCCCAGCACUGGGAGGCUAUUUGGCUCAGCCAGUAGAGAAAUAUCCGCAUAUAUUCUCUAAAGGUUCAUUUUUUGAUAAGUUUCCAUACUCCUUGCCCAGCAUAAUAAUAUCGGUCUUUGCACUUUUUGUGUUAGCUUCCUGCCUGUGGCUUCCGGAAACAUUGCACAAACACUGUGACAGCAGCGAGUCCCAUCAGGAUAUAGAAGCUUCCGAUAACAGAAACAUGGAAAAGAUAGUUCAGAAAGAUGAAAACCUCUUACUUAACUGGCCCUUGAUGUCAUCCAUUAUUGCUUAUUGUGUUUUCGCGCUGCAUAAUAUUGCUUAUCAAGAGGUUUUCUCAUUAUGGGCUGUGAGUCCUCUGAGGUUGGGGGGUUUGAAAUUUACAACCAAUGACGUUGGUAAUGUUCUUUCAAUAUCAGGUUUCGUUCUCUUGAUUUACCAAGUUUUCCUUUAUCCUGCGAUGGAGAAAAUUUGUGGACCUAUUAGACUUUCUCACAUUUCUGGGGCUAUCACCAUACCUCUCUUGCAAAGUUACCCUUUCAUGGCAUUGUUAUCUGGCUUCACACUGCAUCUAUUGAUAACUAGUGCUUCUGUCCUCAAGUAUUGUCUCUCUCAAACCAUUAUUACUGGAUUGUUGCUUCUGCAAAACAAAGCAGUGGAUCAACAUCAAAGAGGAGCAGCUAAUGGUAUUGCUAUGACUGCUAUGUCAAUAUGCAAAUCAGUUGGCCCUGCUGGCGGUGGUGCAAUAUUAGCUUGGUCCCAGAAGCGGUUAAAUGCUUCUUUCCUUCCAGGUUCUCACUUGGUGUUCUUCAUCCUUAACCUGAUAGAAGCACUUGGAGUGCUGAUGAUGUUCAAACCAUUCCUGGCUGAGAAAAAGACAACCCCAUCUGAACAGUUACAGUGAGACCAAUAAUAACACAAUGUUGCUACUGAAGUAUGAAGUGAUGAUGAACGAAGCAUCAUUCAUUAGUUUUGAGAUGUUUUUGUGGAGAUGAUGACGAUGAUGCUUUGGCUGAUUGAUGCAGCAAAGAUAAAUAAGUAAAGACCAUAAUUUGUCUUUCUCAGCCACAGCCUGCAACUCGAACAAGGCUUUCUUCCUACCAUUCACAGACUUCUCUCCCGGGAACUGGGAACAAGAAAACUAACCAGAAAGAGAAGUGGAAAGAGCAAGGAAAUUAUAUUCUUUAGGUAGAUUCUUGUGUUAGAGUGGAGUCAUGGUGACUGUGGGAACUGAGAAAUGUUUGUGAUCAUUGUAUUGUUGUCUACUUAUAUGUAAUUCUUCUGGGCAAGUCAAUGGUUAUUUAUGAUUGAAACAAGUUGGUCAUUUUA